AUGGCAUCUACACCCACAAUAAGCAUCGAGCUUCCAAAGGGCAAAAUCACGGCGCUACAAACAGAUGGUCUCAUAAUAGCCCGCUGUGUUCCUUACGCCCAAGCCAAGCGUUUCCAGCCGCCACAACCUAUUCCACCAUGGCACUCAACCAAGGACUACACCAAGCCAGGUCCCAUAUGCCCACAGCCAAAAUCCCGUCUCGAUGCCCUCAACGGUCCCAUUGCCGAAGGACGCACAAUGUCAGAAGACUGUCUCUGCGUCAGCGUCUUCGCACCAGCAUCUAAACCUCAAUCUGCACCGGUAAUGGUCUUCCUUCACGGAGGAGGGUACUCCACUGGAGCAGGAGACCUGGAUUGCUACUCUGGCGCAAGUCUCGCCAAGAAGGGUGUUGUGGUGGUGACAAUCACGUAUCGCCUUGGGAUAUUUGGAUACCAACCUAUUAAGGGGAGGGCACCUGCGAAUCUCGGACUGCUGGAUCAAAUUGCUGCUUUGAAAUGGAUCCAAGAGAAUAUUGAAAGCUUUGGUGGCCAUCCUAAGAAGGUUUGUGUAUUUGGGGAAUCCGCUGGUGCGGACUCUAUCUACUGUUUGAUGGGGGCGGACAGGACGGAGGGAUUAUUCCAAAGAGCUAUUUUGCAGAGCAUGCCUUUGGGCGCUCGAUUGAUGGAUAAAAGUGACAUGGUGAAUGCCUUGGAGCAACUCGCGUCUGAUCUUGUGCCACAGGAUAAAGAUGAAGCGUCUGUGGAGGAACUGCUAGCGAUACAAGGGAAGUUGGCUAUGAAGGGGUUGUCUUUUGCAUCGGCCGGAAUGCCUUUUGGCCCGUUGUUUGGCCACCAUCCAUUGCCGGAUAAGGACUUGUUUAAUGAGAAACUGGACGCAACAAUUCGCCGGAUACCUAUUUUCAUAGGAUACACCAAAGAUGAGGGGACGGCCUUUGUACCAAUCUUUAAUAACAUCGACCCCUCCGUACGGCCAAGAGUUGAAUCGUCACCCGCGGAGUACAUCAGCAAGGCGUGGUUUCAAGAUGAUUCGGACAAAUUAUAUCGAAAGAUUAGAGAUUCAGAACCGCUUGAGAAGCCAUGGUUCUACGAGUUCAAUAUUGCACCCUCACAGAGUCCAUGGGGGGCGGCGCAUACCGUGGACAUGCCGUUCUUGCUUGGGACUUGGGAUUGUUGGAAGGACGCGCCAAUGAUGAAGGGCGAGAAUGUACGUGAGGUGGUGGAGAGAGUGGGGGAUCAAGUCAAGAGCUUGUGGAUUGCGUUUGCGAGGGGGUUAGAUGUUGGGAAGACGGAGUUUGUCAUUGAUGAGAAUUUCACGAUGUAA